AUGACGCCGAGCCAGGCGUUGAUGAUGCUCUCUGCGGGCAUGUCCGCUGUAACGGGCAUUGCUUCGAAGCCGAACUUCAUUUUUAUCAUGACCGAUGACCAGGAUAUGCACCUGAACUCUUUGGACUAUCAACAAUCGGUUCAGAAACAUUUCGCUCAAGAGGGGACGUGGUUCAAGAAACACUUUUGUACUGUGUCACUGUGCUGUCCGUCGCGGGUGUCCCUUUUGACAGGGAAAGCGGCGCAUAACACCAAUGUCACGGAUGUUUCUGCCCCAUAUGGUGGAUAUCCGAGAUUCAUUGAGGAGGGUUUCAACAAUGACUAUCUUCCAGUCUGGCUGCAAAAUGCGGGAUAUAACACGUAUUAUACGGGGAAGAUGAUGAAUGGUCAUUCCAUCAAUACCUACGACAAACCACGCAUCAACGGCUGGAACGGGUCCGAUUUCUUGAUCGACCCUGGAACUUAUAUCUUCUACAAUGCCACAAUGACACGCAACCACGAGCCAUACAGAAAUCUUCCCGGGGAGUACUCUACUGAUCUUGUCGCUGCUGCCGCCGUUGGCUUCCUCGACGAUGCCAUCGCCGCAUCAAAUCGACCAUUUUUCCUCGGCAUCGCGCCAAUUGCCCCCCAUUCUGAAACGAUCACGAGACCAACGGUCAAGUUCAAUGCACCAGUACCGGCGAAAAGGCACGAACAUUUGUUUCCAAAUGUUACUGUCCCAAGGACGCCGGGGUUCAACCCAGACACUCCGGGUACAGCCUCGUACUUCAAGACACUCCGACAGCUCAAUCAAUCUGAAAUCGAGUACAACGAUGACUGGUACCGUAAAAGGCUGCAAUCUCUGCAGUCGGUAGAUGAGCUCAUCGACUCGAUCAUGGAUCGCUUGAGCGCCAGCCCGGAGGUGCUAGAGAACACCUAUCUCAUCUAUACGACAGAUAACGGCUUCCACAUCGGGCAACACCGCCUUCCGCCAGGGAAAAGCUGUGGCAUCGAAGAAGACGUCAACAUCCCAUUCUUUAUCCGCGGCCCAGGCGUCGCCAAAGGCGCAGUGGAAACUAUUCCUUCCAGUCACACCGACAUUGUACCCACGCUUUUCACUCUCGCAGGCAUCCCGUUGCGCGAAGACUUCGACGGAGAGCCUAUUCCGGUCACAAAAGAGCAGCUAGCGCGCAGCGAUAAGAGUGAGCACGUCAACAUUGAGUUCUGGGGCGAAUACCUAGUCGAAGGAAACACUUUCUUUGGACAGAACAAGAUCGCAAAUAACACGUACAAGACUGUUAGAGUGAUUGGAGAGGAAUAUGAUCUUGCGUAUUCAGUAUGGUGCACGAAUGACCAUGAGCUAUAUGAUAUGACCAACGAUCCUUAUCAACUUCAAAACUUGUACAAUACCGACGACACCGUCAACGCUUGGCCCAUCGCCAAGCUAGCUUCGCGACUCAACGGACUCCUGCUUACUCUCAAGCGCUGCAAAGGUCGGGCAUGUACGAGGCCAUGGGAGAAACUGCACCCUGUCGGCGACGUUCGGAAUCUGAAGGAUGCGAUGGAUGAGAGGUAUGACGAGUUUUACUUGGAGCAUCAGCACCCCGUUACGUUUUCAGAGUGCGCGCUAGGACAGGUAUUGAGUGUCGAGGGGGAGUUGGAACCGGUAGUUUGGCGGCCGGAGUGGGAUGAGUGGAGUUAUGCCACUUAG